AAGCGCCGCAUGCAACGCAACAACGGCGUGAAGGCCUGGCACGGGCGGGAGGGGCGGCGUAUCGGUCGGGAGGCAGCGGCGCGCAUAGUGGCGCUGCGGGAGCAAAACUACGAGGAGUAUCUGCGGCUGGCGCGCACCACCAAGGACAAGCGCCUGCGCACGCUGCUCGACAAGACCGACGCCAUCAUCUCCGAUCUCGGCCUCAAGGUGCUGCAAUUGCCUCCUGCUGGUGAGGAAGCUGCCGCGGAGCUGCGCAAGAAGGAGGAGGACCUGGACGCCGAGACGCUGCACCUCCUGCACACGCAGCGCCAGUACUAUGACUCCGUGCACGUCAUCAAGGAGAAGGCGUGUGCACAGCUCCUUGCUAUGCUGCAGGGGGGCACGCUGCGCGCGUACCAGCUGGGGGGCGUCAAGUUUCUGGUGUCGCUGGUGAACAAUCGCAUCAACGGCAUCCUGGCCGACGAGAUGGGCCUGGGCAAGACCAUCCAAACCAUCGCCACGCUCGCGUUCCUGCAGGAGUCCAAGCGCAACAAUGGGCCCCACCUCAUCCUCGCCCCCAAGGCGACGCUGUCGAACUGGAUGAACGAGUUUGGCAAGUGGGCGCCGAGCAUGGGCGUGGUGCUGUACGACGGGGGAAUGGAGGAGCGCAGGGCCAUUCGCGCGCAGCACCUCGACAAGCCAGCCUUCCAUGCGCUCGUCACCCACUACGACCUCAUCAUCCGCGACAAAAACGCCCUAAAAAAGAUCCAGUGGGAGCUGCUGGUGGUGGACGAGGGCCACCGGCUGAAGAACGCGGAGAGCAAGCUGGCGGAAAUUCUGCGCACCUACGCGUUCAAGCACCGCGUGCUGCUGACGGGGACGCCCAUCCAGAACAGUCUGGCCGAGCUGUGGGCACUGCUCAACUUUGUGCUGCCCCAGGUCUUCAACUCCUCCGACAGCUUCGACGAGUGGUUCGCCGCCCCCUUCAAGGAUGUGGCGGUGCAGCUGAAUGAGGAGGAGCAGCUGCUGGUCAUCACCCGCCUCCACCAGGUGCUGCGGCCGUUCAUGCUGCGGCGCACGAAGCGCGAGGUGGAGACGGAGCUGCCGGGCAAGACGGAGCACAUCCUGCGCUGCGACCUCUCCGCCUGGCAGCAGCUCUGGUACCGCCAGAUCGCCGAAGAGGGGCGCGUGGCGGUGGAGGGGAAGGCGGCACGUAGCCUGCGCAACAGCGCGAUGCACCUGCGCAAGGCGUGCAACCACCCCUUCCUGUUCCUGGCGGGGCAGCAUCCGCCCUACGAGCCGGCCGACGCUGAGGAGAUCGUGCGCGCCUCCGGCAAGAUCCAUGCCCUCGACAACAUCCUGCCCAAGCUCCGCGCCACCGGGCACCGGGUGCUGCUGUUCAGCCAGAUGACACGCGCGCUUGACGUGAUCCAGGACUACCUCGACCUGCGCGCCAUUCCCCACCUGCGCCUCGACGGCACCACCAAAACCGACGACAGGGGGCGGAUGCUGGCGGAGUUCAAUGCGGAGGACAGCCCCUACUUCAUCUUCCUUCUCUCCACGCGCGCCGGCGGACUCGGCCUCAACUUGCAAACCGCCGACACGGUCUUGAUGUUUGACUCCGAUUGGAAUCCACAGAUGGACCUGCAGGCGGGUGACCGCGCACACCGCAUAGGGCAGAAGAAGGCGGUGCUGGUUCUGGUGCUGGUGGCGGCUGGGACCAUAGAGGAGGCCAUCCUUGACCGCGCCCAGCAGAAACGCGACAUUGACGCCAAAGUCAUCCAGGCGGGGAUGUUCAACGACGAGAGCACGCACAAGGAGCGGGUGCAGGUGCUGCAGUCGCUCAUGGCCAAGGGCACCGGGGACGUGGGCAGCGGAGUGCACACCCCACGCGAAAUCAACCAGCUGCUUGCACGCACAGACGCCGAAUUCCGCACCUUCCAGCAGAUGGACCGGGAGAAGCGGUCGUUGGGCAGCAAGGCGGCGCAGUUGAUGACGCUGGACGAGGUGCCCAAAUUUGUAUUUGAACAAACCUCCGAGGCCAAAUCAGGCACGGCGUCUGACGAGGAGGGCCUCGAUGACAUCAUGGACCCCCGGCAGCGCCGGCGGCUGCUGCGCAAAUCCGUCGCCCAGUCAGAGGUUAGUCAGCCUUGGCCACUUCUGACACUGAUGCUGCACCCGACAGCACUCUUCAGAUAG